CGCACGCAUACAUACACUAUCGUACGCCUAUAAACAAUAGCGCGCUGGAAGUAAGUGGAAGUUUGACUGACAUGACUGACGAAUUUGAAGCAUCAAUGAGUUGAGUGUGUUGGGAGUGGAAGUUGGUCGUUAAAAACGUACAAUUUAUCAUCUGUAGUAUACAAAUAACUAGCUGUACUUCCAAAGUCAAAGAAGAAAAAUGCCAGGGAAGACAAAGAAGGUGGAGAAAGAAGAGGAGUCACCUGCAGUUCCACUGACUGGCGUCUACAUUUUCCCUAACGGUGAUAGAUAUGAUGGCGAGUACAUAAUAACUGAUGAAGGGGCCUUAGAGCGAUGUGGGAAGGGCUGCCAUACCACGUCUGAUGGUAUAAUCUACCAAGGCCACUGGGCCCAAGAUAAAAUGAAUGGCAAUGGAAGGCUUGCCUACCCCAGCGGAAGUGUGUAUGAGGGAGAGUUUGUACAGAACCAGUUCAAGGGACAAGGGAGUUAUACAUGGCCUAAUGGAGCUGAAUAUAAAGGCAGCUUUGUUGAAAACAGGAUGGAAGGAAGUGGUGGAUUCACAGAUACCAAUCACCAGGUCUGGGUUGGAACCUUCUGCUACAAGGCUGCCCCAGGGUUGAAAUUCAAGCUGACUGUAUAAAAACAAGACUUUGAACAUGAUGGGCCAGGCAGUAUCUACUGAGUUAUAUUUCAGAAACAAAGUUUAAAAUCAGCUUGAUGACACCAACCAAACAAAGAAGCUGUUUCUGAUCCAUGAAUCAUUGUCUCGUGAUCAAAGAGACAAAAUUUGACUUUCAAGAUUCAUAAUCGAAGGUUGAUGUCACAAGACGGCACUUAUUUAUAUAAGCCAAUCACCAAUAUUUAAAGGCAGUGGACACUAUUGGUAAAUACUCAAAAUAAUUAUUUUUAUAAAACCUUACUUCGUACCGAGU